GUCUGACCCAGAAGUUUGGCACAAACACGGGUCCUGUCGCUUGUUAGUGAUACAGUAAGACAGACAGUUUCUAUCCCUUAAAUCUCUAACCAGACUCUUCCAUCGGUUGGCGUCGGAUCUUCCGUGUUAGCGCAUAUUUCAAACCUGUUAUUUUAUAAUUACCGUCAUUGUAUUUCGUUUUAUUUCGCUUUGUUUUGUUUACUUUAGUUUUGGCCCAGCCGGGCACCGCUGCCGUUCGCUUUCACUUUCGUUUCGUCUGAUUAGAAACAGGGAAAGGUGCCUUCGAUGUUUCCCGGAAAUCCCAGCUCUUCCGCGUCGCCCGGGGGCCCCGGGCGGCUUAACGCAAAACGGCCAGCGGGGGGGGGGUUCUGUCACGAAACAGUCCCCGAGCCUCGGCGGUGUGUUUGCUUCGUGAGACCAAGAAAACGCAUUCGUCAUUUUACUUACAAGCGACAAAAAUAGGCUCGUAGAGAACAAAAUGACAUUGAAGCAACAGGGACAAAGUGUUGCCCAGCUCUCCAGUAACAAACGACAUGCACUCUCGAUGUGCACUCGGGCUGCAGCCCCUUACACCGGCUACUCUGCCCUCAUGCGUCCCUGAGCGCUGAGCGUCUUAACCAUGCGUUGUGUCAUUUUCAUACCGUGCCUGUUUCCCUGCGCUAGUUCCGUCCCCCCGAAUCGAAACGAAUGAACUCGGACCUUAUGCGGUUUUGACGCCCAGCGGCGACUCGAGCGGAUCUCCGUCAGAGUCCCGUCGCACUUGAAUGCAGCGUCGUACUGGGAUGAAAGUCCACGGCUCAUGUCGGAAGCGCUCUAACGUCGCAGCCGGUGGAGGUUGAGUGAAUUCUAACAGCCCCCUGCCUGAUGGCUCAGAUGGCUUCACCGUGAUCCCCCCUAAUGAACCUCGGCGAAGACAGAUGAAAAUGAUGGCUCAAAAAGAAGAGGAGGAGCUUCAGAGAUGGAAAGAGAUACACAGGGUCCACUCUGUACACCUGAAUCCGGAGAGGCUGGGUGGUGACGUAACACUGGCUGAAGCCAGACAGAGGCAAUUCACAGACUUGCGUUGCUCCAAAGUGCAGAAGAAGCUGAGGCAGGAAGAGCUGGACAGGAGGAGGAGAGAAGAGGAUGAGGCGAAGCUGCAGAAGAAGAAAGCCGAGCAGAGGGAGAAGACUGAGCGCCUGGAGGAGAGAAACCGACGGGAGGAGCAGAGGAGGAGGGAGCAGCUCCAGCAGGAUCACCUCAGGGCGACUGAGAGUUUUCUGCAGAGGUUUGAGAGGAGAGCCCCUGGUCCGCUGGCAUCCAGCAGUGCCACACACACGUCAUUCAGGAGUGAGGCCAUGGAGAGUAAACAGAGAGAGAAACGGGAGAAAAGUGUGAGAGAAGUGCAGCUGGAACACAAGCGGGUGAACUCAGCCUUUCUGGACAAACUCGAGGGUCGGGGCGGAGGGAGCGAGAGAGAGACACAGAGGGAAGGCGUCCAGGGGGCAGAUCGCCCCCGUUUGGCCUCUGAAAACUUGAGACGCCGGCCGUCUACGACAACUGGACAACCCGCCUUCGCUCACCUGCAACCGGAUCCAGAACAGAGCCGCUCUGGCCGGACAGAGGAAGCUGACCCGGAGCCUGACUAUGACUGGGCCUUGAUGAGACUGAUGAACAGGUUUCCAAACUGCAGCAGGGUCUUCCUGGAGGACAUCCUUGACCAGUGCAACGGCGACUAUGAGCAGGCCUACACGCUACUCAUCUGGAUGCUCAGUUGAAUUGUAUGUUUCCUUAACGGGAGAACUGUCUUGUCUUAAAAUUGUGUUUGAUGCUUUAGGAGUUGGACCAAAAAAAAAAGUGUAAUCAGUGUUGAGAUUUUAAAGAAUAUCUAGAAAUCCGUUACCUACCUUGGUGAUGGAUGGAGGCAGUCGCAUUAAAUAUAUAUACCUAGAGAGCAGAAUGUGCUUCUUGUAAUGUGUUUCUGAUUAUGCCAUUAAUCAUUGACUGUUUGGUUGCUUGUAUCUGUCUGCAUGCACUCGUGAGUCAUGUCGGGUUUUUGCGCUGACAGAGUUGAAUUGAUGUUCAUUUUCACCAGUUUAGUCGAGGGUCAUCGCCAUGACUCAUAAUCUUCAGAUCAUAUUUUGGGCUCUUGAUUAAAUCAGUGUGUGCGGAUGGAAGAAAGCUCUACCCAAAUCCAAGUGCUUUUUGUUUGUUUUAUAAUCAAAGUCACGUGAUAUAUCUAUAGCAGGAUUCUCAGGGCAACAAAGACGUAAAUCCAAAUAGGAUUUUCUGUAGAAAAGCCUUUUACGAUUGGUUUCAGUUCAAAGUCUUAUUAACUUUAGAGGCCUUCAGAAAAGUCCCUUGUUGUUAACUUAAACUGUUUAAGUUUGUGUGUUGUAGCCAUAAAAACUGGGUGAGGUUUCCAGACAGUGGGCACGGAGCUGCCAGCGGAGCCGUAAGUGGCAGCUCCUUAACAUCGCUGAGCUGGACGGCGGUGAUGGUUAUCACCUGACCGAGGCAACAAAGAACAAUGGCUGGUGCUCUCAACAUGGGGGACCAGAAAAAAAAAAAAAAAA